GAGACGACCUGCUUAUGUGAUUGCGUCGCCAUGCCCCCGAAGAAGGCGAAGGCUGAUCCCGGCGAGGCUGAGCGCAAGAAGGCCGCAUUGGAGGCCACGCGGCGGGCCAUCCAGGAGCUCGUGGCCAAAGGAAAGGGCAAGGGCCGGCCAGAGGCGCAGGGCCCCGCCAAAGAAGCACCUGAGAGGGCGCCCGAUGCCAGUCCAUCCAAAGUCCCGAAGGCCAAAGCGGCAGCAAAGGACAACCCGAAAGGGAGGGCCAAAGACGCCAGUCCUGCAAAAUCGCCGAGGGCGAAAGCGCCAGACGCCAGCCCUGCGCCCAAAGCGGCACUGGAUGGCAGCCCUUCAAAAGCAGGGCCUCGGGCCAAAGAUGCCAGCCCUGCAAAAGCCAAGGCCAAAGCGGGAUGGAUGGGGAGUGCCACAUCACGCCGCCUGCGUGCGAGAGCAGAGGACGAGGAUGAGGAGGUGAAGAAGCCAAGCAAGAGGCGGCGCAUGCCGCCGAAAGCACCAGACUCCCACGCGUCCAGCGAGGUGCUGGCACUGCUGUCUCGCCUGGCGAGCCUCGACGAGAUGCAGCGCAGCGCCUUCGCAGCAGGCUACGAUGCUGUCAGCAUGCCGCUGAACAAGGUGACGAAGGACAUGGUUCGUGAAGCAUUCACAUGGUUGAAGGCCAUCGAGCGAGAGCUGGCCAAGCCGGAGCAGUGCGCGGACUCCUUAGAAGCCUUGAGCGAGUCCUUCUACCAGGUAGUGCCUUUGCUGCAGUCGGAGGGCAAGGAGCCGAUUGUCACACCGGAGCUCUUUAACAAGAGGCUGCGCGUGGUUUCCCUGCUCUCCGACACUGAGGCGGCGCAUGCACAGAUGCGCCUCCUCUUGCAGUUUGCCCAAGAGGCAGCCGCAUCAGGCGAGGGGAGUCUCAACGCCGGGCAACUGCAGCUGCUGUACAAGAGCCUGAAGUGCGAGAUCCGCGCGGAGCCUGACGGCAGCGACGCGAUGAGGAUGGUCCAGCAGUACCUUGGCGAGAGACACGGCGCUCCGCUCAAGCUGAAGGGGCUGUUCUCCCUCUCGAGGCCGCAGGCCCCGAGCAACCUGGCGGGCAAGCGGCUGCUGUGGCACGGGGUGCCGCGGACCGCCUGGCUGGGGCUCUUGGCCAAGGGCCUGCGGCUGCCGCCCCGGGAGGCACCCAGCUGCGAUGCCUUCGGCAAGGGCCUCUACUUCUUUGACUCCGCAGGCGCCGCGCUGGACUUUGCCUCUGGCAGCGACUUCCUGCUGCUGGCGGAGGUGGCGCUGGGGGCGUCCCGGCAGCUGGACCAUCCGGACAGUCGGGCCGAGCGGCUGCCGCAGGGCGUGCAGUCAGUCAUGGGCGCCGGCGUGUGGUGUCCAGACCCCGCAGGAGAGCGCAGGCUGCCCGAUGGCCUUGCGGUGCCUUUGGGAACGCUGCGCCAGGUGAAAUCCACGGGGGACUUGAUGCACAACCACUACGUUGUGUACAACGCUGGGCAGGCUCAGCUCAAGUAUUUGGUGGAGGUGGAAAGUGCAGCUGACAUCCCUGCGUGAGCGAUGCAUGCCUUUGCGCGUCCCGCGGAGUGACGAGCAAGAUGAAGGGAGGG